AUGGACCUCAAAACUUACCAGCAGCUUUACAUAUAUUUUAUCCCCAUUGUCACCAACUUCGACUUCAUAGACAUCAUCGUCGUCGUCGUUCGUCUGGACUGGUUCAAGAGACAUUUGAAGGGUCUUGGUAAGAAAUCCGCUCGUCUGCCCCUGACGCCCGACUCUAUGAUCUCUUUUCGUGAUGCCAAGUGGCCUAUAAUCCUCAUGAGCUUCCUCGCUUUUGCCAGAAACACUCUCUACCUGGUCUUCCUACGCCUGGUCAUAUGGACUAUGUGUAAGAUACUGCCAAAGCAUUCCUCAACACAAGAGCCCCUGGCCUUCCUUCUCAACUACUUGCGCAGAUGUUAUACCCUUCUGUUCCCCAGCAAACCCACCUGGGUUCUAUUUGGCAUUAUUCUCGCCCUCAACUUUAUAGAUACGUUGCUUAUCAUUGUCCUCGAUGUUAGCAAUCCCGAGGUCGUGUCUCUUCUCUUGGAUGCCCGUAUCCCUGCUGCCAUAUUCCAAGCUGCAUCAGCCCGUCAUACAGGCACCGCCAUAUUCAAUCUGGCAAACAUCAAUCCUGCUGUAUAA